AUUUCUCCUUUUUUUAGGACUUGCAUGUAACUGAUUUCCGUCAAGGUGGAGAACUACGACAAUCUUAUUCGACAUGACAAGUAUGAUAGACUUAUUGAAUGACGGAACUGUUAGAGAGAAACCUUGUUACAACCAAAAGGUGCUGGUUCAUUUCACAUUCAGCAAGUUACUCAGAGCUAAAGAGGACCAAAACACCAGGAAACAUUGCUUCCCAGACUACCGACUAAUAUCUAAAAUAGGCGAAGGGACAUUUUCGGAGGUCUGGAAGGCGCAAAGCUUAAAAGAUGGAAUCUACUACGCUUGUAAAAAGAUGAAACAACAUGUCGAAAGCAUGGAGCAAGUGAACAACCUACGUGAAAUUCAAGCAAUGCGCAGACUGAGUUUACAUCCUAAUAUUCUUCAGUUACAUGAAGUGGCCUAUGAUAAGAAGUCUGGGUCUCUUGCUCUAAUAUGUGAACUAAUGGACAUGAAUAUCUAUGAGCUCAUACAAGGGCGGAGGAACCCAUUGCCUGAAGGUAAAAUAAAGAGUUACAUGUAUCAACUAUGUAAGUCCCUUGAUUACAUGCACAGAAAUGGGAUUUUUCACAGAGAUGUAAAGCCAGAAAACAUUUUAAUUAAGCAAAACGUGCUGAAGUUGGCAGAUUUUGGUUCGUGUAGGAGUGUCCUCUCAAAGCAGCCAUAUACAGAAUAUAUUUCUACCCGAUGGUAUAGAGCCCCGGAAUGUCUUCUUACAGAUGGGUACUACAGCUUCAAAAUGGACAUCUGGAGCACAGGCUGUGUUUUCUAUGAAAUAACAAGUCUACAGCCACUUUUUCCUGGUUCUAAUGAAGUUGACCAAAUUGCAAAGAUCCAUGAAGUCAUUGGAACUCCGAACUCUGAAACGCUAAGGAAAUUCAAACAAACUCGGGCAAUGAGUUUUGACUUUCCACAGAAAAAGGGAAUAGGAAUAUCUUGCCUCAUUCCGCACACUACUUCUGAGAGUAUUUCGCUGAUGAAUGCAAUGAUGGAGUAUGACCCUGAAGAAAGGAUCACUGCUAAGCGGGCAUUACAACAUCCUUACUUUCGUGAAUUGAGAUUAGCAGAGAAACAAGCUGCCACCUUCCAGCGUAGAGUGAGAUGCUUAGAAGGGAAUGAAAACAAUCUAAGCCCGGCUGUGGUGCACAACCUCUGGAGAAUUCAUAAGGGGCGUAAGCAGGCAAUUCCUAUACGACGCCAGAUUCCUCCAUAUCCUGUGGAGCUGCCAAAGCUGAAUGUUCCAGCUACAACAAAGAUUGUUGCCUACCCAAAUCAGACUUUAAAGUCUGUCUUUCCAACAGCAUCAAGGGCUGAAAAUGGAACUCUACCCCAAGUGCCAUCUGUACAAUACAUUGGAAAAAGCAAGUGUCCAGGAAAACGGAAACCUACUACAAAAUGUUACAAUUUACCCUCUUCUACAGAAAGAAAAAGUGAAGGCUACUGAGAACAAAUACAAUUCAAGAAUAUUCAAUAACCAUUCUCCUUUAUACAUCAAAGCUUUUGUAAUUUUUAAAAAAAUUGUAAAAGAUCAUAUUUUAAACUGUCUUCCACUGGGCUACAAGCCAAUCAUUAGGUUUGUGCCUUAUUCCUAACUUCAGUUUUUAAUCAGGGCUACAAUCAAAUGUUCACUUAUUUCAUAUUAGAAGGCCUUAUGUUUAAAAGCUCACAUUGAAAAAAAUUGAAUAAGCCAAAAUUGAUAUCUGAUAUAUUAACCUGAAAUAAGUUGGAUAAAAUUAUUUUACUUGUUGAUCAAAAGCUGAAGACAUUGGUUAAUAUGCUUCACUCCUCCAAUCUUCACAAAUCGUCCAUAAGAGACAACACCAGCGUUUAUGUCUCUGUCCUAAAAUAUUGAUCUGCACGAGUGAAAUUUAAUUCACUUUUAAUUUCAUCAAAUAGUUUUAAACUGUUUAUGUAUUUUCACAGAAAUAUUACAAAUAUUUAUGAUCUUUGUACAUAGAUUUUUGAUUUUCUUUAGGCUAAAGUAACUGGAUUGAGCAUUUUAAUGGAUUGAAACACAAUAUUUUUCUAGCCUGUUCAAGUGCAUUUUUAUUAAAAAGUUGCAAUCAUGAAAUAAAAUGGAAUACCAAAAUGCCUUAUUUUAGUACAUUGCAACCAUUUAACUUGUUUUCUAGAAAACACGAUUAUGUCAGAGUCUUAAUAAAAUGGUUUACAUAUUUAACAUUUGCUGUUUGGUGAAUGAAUAUUUCUUUCAUUUUUGUCUUUUUUUUAUUUGAAGAACAAAAUACUAGUUCGCUCCAUUUAUCAUUUAUCUGUACUUCAUCCCAUUUUGCUUGUCGUCAAAGAAGCAAACCAUUUCAGUCAGGUUCUAAAUCGUAUGGAAACAUAAUUCCUGUGGAAGGUUCAUUUUUCAACCAUAUACAUGAUUCCAAAUUUAUUGGCAAGUCAACAUUGACAUUUCUACAUUCUAGUAACAUUUUACAGAAUUAUAAAUAGAAAAUAAUAGUAAACUAAUCAUUACAUUGUCUA